AAGUUUUGGAUUUUUGGACAAGACCUCAGACGAGCGUUGACUUUGCGGCGACCGGCGAAAGCGAAAAGUCCAGGCUCCAUGGUAUCCGGCCCCGAAGAACUAAAUGCCCACCACAUAUAUAGACAUAGACUGAUAGAGACAUGAUGAAAUAUAUGAAAGCAAUACACAUGUGUCAAGAUGACAAUCAUCAGCUAACUAGCUAGUUAAGGGAAUUAUUAACUAGAUUACAAGGUUGCGGUUAAGCUUAAAAACGAGAAGUGUUGGUUAGAAUCCCGCCGGAAAUAGGUGCGAGCUAGUAGUUCUACGACUACACCACUGCAGUGCACCGUUGUCGUCCUGCUGCUCUCCCCUACGCUACGACGAAAGCUAGGCUAUGGAGGAGGAGCAAGCAGCAGCCAUCCAGGUGGUGGUUCCCCGAGUCAAGCUCGGCGCCCAGGGAUUAGAGGUGUCCAAGCUGGGUUUCGGGUGCUUCGGCCUCACCGGCGCUUACGGAUCGGCGGCGCUCGACGACGAGGCGGCGGCCGCAGUCAUCGCGCACGCCUUCCGUCGCGGGGUCACCUUCUUCGACACCUCCGACAUCUACGGGCCUCUCACCAACGAGAUCCUGCUCGGGAAGCAGCUCAAGCAGCUGCCGCGGGAGCAGGUGCAGGUGGCCACCAAGUUCGGGCUUGCGCGGGACGACGCCAGCGGCGCCUGGACCGUCUGCGGCCGGCCCGAGUACGUGCGCGCCUGCUGCGAGGCCAGCCUCCGCCGCCUUGGCGUCCACUGCAUCGACCUCUACUACCUGCACCGCGUCGACACCACCGUCCCCAUCGAGGACACGAUUGGCGAGCUCAAGAAACUGGUGGAGGAGGGGAAGGUCAAGUACAUCGGAUUGUCAGAGGCGAGCCCGGACACCAUUAGGCGUGCGCAUGCUGUGCACCCGAUCACCGCGGUGCAGAUGGAGUGGUCGCUCUGGUCUCGCGACAUCGAGCCCGAGAUUGUGCCGCUCUGCAGAGAAUUGGACAUUGGAAUUGUUCCUUACAGCCCGAUUGGCAAAGGGUUUUUCGGCGGACGAGGAGUCACGGAACAAGUGUCCGCUGCAUCUAAUCUGGCACCCAAGGUUUUCAGCAGAAAAUUUGGAGAAGAACAAACAAAUUUAUCUGAAAAUGGAAGAGCUGGCCAACAAACACCGGUGCAGCCCUGCUCAGCUAGCUCUAGCUUGGGUUCUGCAUCAAGGGGACGAUGUGAUUCCUAUACCAGGAACAACCAAGAUCAAGAAUCUUGAUGCCAACAUUGACUCCUUGAAGGUGAAGUUAACGGACGAUGAUCUGAAAGAAAUCAGCAGCGAGAUACGCGAAGAAGAUGUUGCUGGUGCGAGACAGAACACUUCUUUUGGGCCUACUAAUUGGAACUAUGCAGAUACACCAAGGAAAUAGAGUUGCUAAAAUAAUAAAAUGUUGUAGCAACAGAUGAGCUAUUCUCCCUGCAAUUCUGUUAUAUUAUGGGGACAGUAUCUUGAGAACACUCUGUUCCAGAUAAUGUACGACAAUGCAUGAUGCCUCGUCUCAUCAGGAAAUAUUAGUAAUAGCUAGUUGAUUUUAGAUUCUAUUUUGGACAUCUGUCGCGAUACUGAAGGUGGCGGCAAGCCACAAUAGAGUUGGACGCGGGGCUGCUGGGUCUUUUGUGCGUGCCGGAGUGUUGAUUCUUUCAGGGGUAAAAGCUGACAGGUGAUGAGGAUGUGGCUCGUGCUGUGAACGGGUCACGGGGUGAAAACGCUGAAACAAACAGCUCCAUUGUUCUAGCAACAGCAAUGACUUGUGCAGUGCGACAGUUAUGAUAAAUCAUUUAGAUAACAUA